UGACUGAAUGCUGAAUGUGCUGUUAUGGUCGACUUACUGAACCUAACAUUGCACGUGUUUUCAUAAAGGGAUCGAUGUAGAGAUAUGUUCUUGAAUAUUAUUUAAAACUUUCUUCUAGCUCGUGAGCGCGCUCUGGGGGCGGAGCUUCACUGAAACUAAACUGGUGUCAAACAGCAGGUGAAUUAAUGAAUAAGUCGGAAAUCACCAUCGACUAUGAGCUUCCCGAUAUUUACCGGUUGUCUAUGCAUUUAAAAAGAAGAUGUUUUUAUGAUUUGACCUAAUCGUCAUGCCUCGAAGGGAAAAGGGGUGAUUGGGUUAUGGUGCAAAGAUGGAAAAGCCCGAAGAGAGGCAGGAAACGCAGCAGCCGUCCCCACAGAUGGCGGCACCUGAUGGGGGUUGGGGCUGGGUGGUGGUGGGGUCUCUUUUCGUGAUAUCUGCGCUGGUGUUUGGGCUCAUCCGCAGUCUGGGCGUCUUCUUCGUGGAGUUUGUGCGGUACUUCGAUGAGAGUGCUCAGGCAGUGUCUUGGAUAACAUCCAUUGGGUUGGCCAUGCAACAGCUAAUGAGUCCAAUAGCUGCAGCCGCAUGUAAUGUGUAUGGAGCUCGUCCAGUUGUUAUGAUGGGAGGAUUCCUCUCAGGCCUGGGAUUCAUUCUGGCUUCCCAGGCAACAAAUCUUUUGCAUCUUUACAUGACCAUGGGAUUCAUUUCAGGUUUAGGCUGGGCACUGGUCUUCACCCCUACUGUUGCGUCAGUGAUGCAGUAUUUCACCAUACGGAGAUCUCUAGCCAUGGGCCUGGGCUUCACAGGCGUUGGUCUCGCCUCUUUCGCCUUCUCUCCACUUUUUCAAUAUCUAGUGUCAGUUUACGCUUGGCGUGGGGCUUUGCUUAUCCUCGGGGGCCUCAGCUUCAACAUUAUCGCCUGUGGAGCUCUCAUUCGACCUCUGGGGAAUCCAAAAGUUGUGGAAAAGACUGAAAACUCGACCAACCUGAACAGAUGCUCUUUUUCCCCCUCCCGUAUCUACGAGUGCUUUGAGCUCUCCCUGCUGUCACACCGAGGCUUCCUCACAUAUACCGCGGCCAUCACCCUUUUCAAUGCGGGCUACUUCAUCCCCUACGUUCACCUGGUGGCCCACAGCCGUAACAUUGAUUUCACUGAGUACCAGGCGGCCUUUGUAAUCUCUGUAACCGGUGUGGCGGAUAUCGUGGGCCGCGUAGCCUCCGGUUGGGCCUCGGAUCUGGGCAGAAUGCGGAUGCCCCACAUGCUGGCGCUGUGGACUGGGUUACUGGGCCUGUUUCUGAUGCUCAUUCCCGCUGCGGUGAGUUACCCAGGACUGCUGGUUGUCAGUUUGGCCUAUGGCUUCUGCGCAGGAGCGAUGACGCCGCUGGCCUUCGCGGUGGUGCCGGAGAUCGUAGGCAUCGAGCGAGUGCUAGGAGCCCUUGGUCUCCUGCAGCUCAUUGAAAGCGUUGGAGGGCUGCUGGGAGCACCACUGUCUGGCUGGCUGAAGGACUACACUGGAACAUACACGGCAUCUUUUAUCACUGCUGGUAGUUUCCUCAUGUUAGGUACGUUGGUUACAAUGACUCUUCCCUAUUUUUGGUCUUGUACCGCCCCUCCACCCCCAUCGCCAUCAAAGAAGAAGUCUCAGGAUUUCUCCAUUGAAGAUGGACUACUCAAACCCACUACCUCGAACUCAGAAAAAGAGUUAAAGAUCUGCUCUAAGAGAGAGGUUACACAUCCAGAGCAAGAACAAGAACAAAUACCUCAGGAAAUUCUUCCUCUGACUAAAUUAAAGGAAACAUUAUGAUUUUGUGAUGUUAGAAAACACCUAAUGGUGGUAGAGCUAGUUUUUGAAAGGAUAUUUGCAUUAUAUCAAACAGGAUACACAAAUGUUUGUAUUGGAAUCGUGGCCAAAAUGUUUUUUAUGAAAUUAUCCACUGAAAGUUUUACUGAAAAAUGUGGUAUAAGUACAAAUUAGUGAGAUUUACCCAAUGCCAAAUAAUAUAUAUAUAUAUAUAUAUAUAUAUAUAUAUAUAUAUACAAGGGUAUUAUAUAUAUAUAUAUAUAUAUACAAGGGUAUUUUAUAUAUAUAUAUAUAUAUAUAUAUAUAUAUAUAUAUAUAUAUAUAGGUGAAAUUUGCUACUGCUUUUUGGAUAGUAACAAAACAAUCCAAAAGAUGUUCUCAGAUGUUGAAGUCUGCCUAACUGGAAUAAAGUUAUAUACAAAUCUGUCUUAAUGUCAGAAAUAUUGUUAAUUUAAUGAUUCCUUUAAUAAACAAAAAGUAUUUAUAUAUAUAUACUUUUUUUUCCUCCUCCCAUCUCAUGUUUUCCCCGCUCACCAUGUCCCUUUUUGGGCUCUGUAGAAGUCAAUAAUUUUUAUUCAAUAAAAUAUCUUUUCAUAAUCAAUGCAAAAUCAUCACAGAAUAAGGAUUUGUGCCGGAAUUGUUCUAAAAGUCCUCUUUUGCUUGACCAUUUCUGAAUUUAUGGAGGGCACUGCAUAUUAAAUACAAUGGUAUUACUAUCUGACACCAUAACGCUGUUUUAUUUUGGAGAAGUAUGCUGGCAGAAAUUCUACUCAUUUAUAAAUUAUUAUUUUUAUAAUAUUAUAAUUUUUGGAUUGUAGGCCUAAGUUAUGGUGUCUUGUUUGACUUCUGGCACUCUCUGACAGAAAUCUGAUUAUGAUAUUUGGUGGACUAAAUGAGGUUUGUGGUUUUUAUUAAUCUCAGUUUUGUAUUCAAUGCUAGUCAAACAUGUUUGCUGCUAGCAAGAACUUACUCAGUUCCAAGCUUAUAACUUGGUCAUCAUCACAUCUCAGACAUGUUGUUUUCACAUCAAGCAAAAGCUAGGAUAAAGGCAAAACAUUUCCUUGUUUGAUGCUAGACGCUACAGAUUGAAGGCAAGCUAAUGCUAACGUAGCAAUGCUAAUCCUGUUCAGCUCCCGAGGUAGAGCAUCAAUCUUUCACACAGACUAGCUACAUUUACUUGAUUACAGCUGGACUUUUCUUGUUCUUGUAUUGCAUAUGGAGAAAUAUGUUUUCAAGAUGUUCUUUUGCAUUGUCCGAGAAAAUUGAUGUUGUCUUUUCGGGGUCAAAAUGCAUCUUUUUUGUAUUUCAGUGAUAUUUUAUGAUGGGGAUUUUGCCUAAUGCGAAGGGUUUUCACUGUGAUGUUAAAGCUCAAGGUCUCCGAAUAUUGACAUGUUUAUCCACCGAGGUCACUGACUUAAAACAAAUUCACUGAAUCAUGGA